AUGAUUUUUUUGUUAAUCAUUACAACACUUGGACAUCAAUGUAUUUUUAAUGAAAUCAAUAAAAACAUUAAGAAAAGUGUAUUACCAACACUAAAAUCAGCAAGAGAGAGUAGUGCUAGUUGGCAUCCUCUUCGAUUUAGUUAUGAUUUAAUAGGAUUAACUGAUCAGUCAUAUGCCAGUCAGCCAUGGUGCAAGUACGCUGGUGAGACAAUUGUUCUAUCCUCAUCGAACAUUUAUAAAUGUUCAGAAGAUGAUGUUUUAACAAAAGAAAAAAUUGAGUAUAUUGAUAGAUUGUUUCAAAGUCUUAACCAGAGUAUUUCCGAAAUUUUUAAUGUUCAUACAAUUAAUUAUAAUAAAGUUAUUCCUGGUAAAAAACAAUGUGGGGAAGCUGUAUUUCCUAGGGCAUAUACUAUCCCAGAAGAAAGUGAUUUCCAUAUUAUGGUAACUUCACAUCCACAUACUUCUUCUAGUGUAUUUGCUUAUGCUGCUGCGUGUUAUUAUGGCAUAGAUAGUCAAGUAAACAAACGACGUUCACUAAUGGGAUAUGUAAAUAUUGUUACGUCAGCAUUAGAACCAACUGAAGAACGUUUUAGAGAUCAAGUUGGAAUUAUUUUUCAUGAAACAAUGCAUGCACUUGGGUUUGAUGGUAGCCUUGGUGUAGAUAAAAAAGUUGGAAAUUUGAAUUUAAAAGUUGUAGAAGAUGAGGUUGUUGUUGUUCGAGCAAGAAAACAUUUUGGAUGUGAUAAUAUGACGUAUGUUCCUCUUGAAGAUGGAGGAGGACCAGGUACAGCAAAUGCACAUUGGGAAAGAAGAAUUUUUAUAUCAGAAAUCAUGAAUGGUAUUACUUCAAAUAAUCCAAGAAUCAGUGAAAUAACAUUAGCUUAUUUUGAAGCUCUUGGAGUUUAUAAACCAAAUUAUGAAAUGGCUGAUGCCUUAUCCUGGGGAAGAGGUGUUGGAUGUUCCUUUUUAGAAGAUUGUUCUAAAUGGCCCAAACAAAAUGGAUAUUAUUGUAGGACUGGUGUAAGAAGGUGUACUAAUGAUCGUUCUGCUAUCGGUAUAUGUGAUGGGAAUUCAUUUAAAGAAACGUUAAAUCAAUCAUAUCAACACUAUGGAGAUCCACAUGUUGGUGGAAGUGAUGAAAUUGCUGAUAAUUGUAUAUUUGUAUCACCUAUUGAAACUAGUUAUUGUUAUAAAAAAAUGAGUUUAUUAUCAUUUGACUAUUACUUUACUUUAGAGAUGCUUAAUCAUGGACAAAAUUUUGGAGAUACUUCAAUGUGUUUUGAAAGUUCAUUAAUUAAAUUUAUACCUUAUGGAAUUAAUAACUAUCAUUGUUAUUCAGUUGCUUGUAUGAAUAAUUCAUUUUAUAAAAUUUCAAUUGAUGGUAGAUAUUACGAUUGUGACAAAUCAAUUAAAGUUCGUGGAUAUGGAGGUAAAUUAAUUUGUGCAGAUCCAAAAGAUAUUUGUGGUAAUAGAGUUAUAGAAACAUGGCCUGAAAUUGAUUCUGUAGAAAAUAAAACAAUUUCAGUUGGAGAUAUUUUAUUUAUUAAUGGAAGGAAUCUUGAUGUUGUUCAAAAAGUAUAUAUUGAUUAUACUUCAUGUAAAAUUAUUAACAAAUCAAAAGAACAACUUCAAAUAGAAGUUGAUUAUCGUGACCCAUUUAUAUCAUUUACUUCAUUUGAAGCAUCGUUAAUGGUUAAAGUAAAUGAAUCAGUAAAUUCUUGCUAUGAUCAUUUGAUAAAAAUUAAAGUACCGUAUCAUUAUAUUUUCUUAAAUUUUGGAGAUUGGGUAAUGACCAACUACAUUUUUAUUGCUGUCAUUCCAGUAUGGAUUCUUUUCUUUAUAUUACUAUUUGGAUAUUACAUAUUAAAGGUCAUAGUAAUAAGACAAGCAGAGGAAGUUCAUGAAGCAAAACGAGAGAUUAAUCUUCGUUUAAAUAAAUUUGAUAACAAACCACAAAAGAAAAAGCAAUGCUUUUGUGUUAUGUUUUAA